AUGGAUAGCUCUUUCGAGUUGGAUCCUUCUAGCUUCCUUGGCAGAUUGAUCUUUAGAUACUAUGGAACCUACUCUCUAGAUGAAGCAGCUAAGCGAGAGAAGGAAGAUCGUCAGGAGGGAAAUGAUCCAGAUUGGUUCCCUACUGGAAAGCAAGCUAAGGGUACCUUGCAUGUAGCUCUCUCCGAACCACGGCUUAAGGGUGCUCCACACAUCUCCAAGAUCAAGCAUGCGCCACUUUGGAGCAGUUUGGUUCAGGCUGUUCAAAGCCGAUGCAUCAUGGAGGAUGUCACAGAAGCUGCAGCAGACACCUAUCCGUCGAUAGUUACUUGCAAGCAAAUAGAAGUACUUGACAUGCAAGUUGCUUCAUUGUUAGUCAUCGGAGAGCGGCUAAAGCUCAGGUUUCCAGAUCUUCAGCAUGUGAUCGGCCACCUGCUGGACAGCUUUAUCUCCUACACCACAUCCUUAUGGGUACUCAGAGGGAAGGCACUUGACAGAGAUGCCACCUCAACCAGCCUUUCAGCUAUUUACAAGACAGUCGCGCAGUUUGUGCAGAGUCCUUCGGUAGUGCACCAACGCGUCGCAUUUAUGGGCGCCAUCACGCUAUGCCCACCAGUCCCUGCACACGCAUCAGAUGAUAAAGACUACAAGCCUCCAAUCCUCCCUGGGGAAUGCUCUCUAUACAGCUUUGCGCAAGAGUAUGGACUAGAUUCGGAACGUGUGAUCAGACGAUCGCCUAGCCAAAUGGUACAAGUACGCAAUCGCUGUCAUCAGCGAGUUAACACAGUCAUAGAGUAG